AUGCUGCGAUGGCUCGCAGUGGCGCUGCUGCUGCAGCCGGCGAGGGCGGGCAAUGUGGCAGGGAGCGGUGGCACCGGCCGCCAUCUACUGCACGAGCUGCAGGACGAACACAAGUUUCGCUUGGCCCUCGAACAGAAUAUAGCAUUUCAUAACUAUGAAUACGAACUGCUUAAUAUAACCACUUUGUUUCAAUAUAGAUCACAAACCUCUCUCUCACAAGAAUACUUUAUACUAUCAAAAAAUUACACCCCUAAAAGAUUUUUUAGGCAAAAGAGAGAGCCACAUUCCUUAAUUGGAACUUUCGAUUUAUCAAAACUAUUCAAAAAGAAAAAAUACAAGAGCAAGCAGGAUAACGAACUUAAACCAAGUGCAUCUUCACUGCAAGGCGUACAGUCUGAGCUCCCAGCGCCAAGUCGUCGGAUGGAACUUGCCACGCACAUGCCUGCCAACUACAGCAUCCACCCGUCUAGCACGGCGUUCGCAGUAAAAAGUUUUACUAUUCCGACACAAAUUAUUCCUACGGAAAGCGACCAAUUGAUGACUACGGCUGUUUCUCAAGGAAUAGUAAAUUCUAAAGUCAAGGUAAAGAUGGCUCGGAAAUCAAAAGGAGCUUCAAAAACCACAACCAGCGCGCCAAACAAUGGCAGACGUGAGACACGACCUUUGCCAAAGAAGAAAGUCUCUGACAACGACACGGUGUGGCCCGUGAAGCACGCCGCCGUCGUCGAGGGCGAUAUCAUCCUCGGCGGUCUCAUGAUGGUACACAGCAGAUCAGAGGGCGCGACGUGCGGGCCGGUGAUGGCGCAGGGCGGAGUGCAGGCGCUGGAAGCCAUGCUGUUUGCACUGGACGCCGUGUCCCGCGCCGGCCUCGCUCCGCCCAACGUGCGCCUUGGCGCGCACGUGCUUGACGACUGUGAUAACGACACCUAUGGACUCGAAAUGGCACUCGAUUUUAUCAAAGGGUCAAUAAGCAACAUUGACGACGAGGAGUACGAGUGCAACGCGACUGCCGUGCGCAAAGUUAUCAGCGGAGUAGUGGGCGCCGCCAGCAGCGUCACCUCGGUGCAGGUCGCCAACUUGCUGCGGCUCUUCAAGAUACCGCAGGUGUCCUUCUUCUCCACGUCUCCGGAGCUGUCGAACAAGGCUCGCUUCGAGUACUUCACGCGCACGAUCCCCUCCGACCUGCACCAGGUGCGCGCCAUGGUGGAGAUUGUCAAGAGGCUCGGUUGGCGCUAUGUAUCGAUUAUAUAUGAGGAGUCUAAUUACGGGAUCAAGGCGUUUGAAGAACUGGAAACACUUUUGGCUCGAAACGAUAUUUGUAUUGCUGUCAAAGAACGCUUGGUGAAAGAUUCCGGCGAAGCAGAUGAGCGCGCCUACGACGCUAUCGUCGCCAGACUGUUGUCCCGGCCGCGCGCUAGAGGUGUAAUAGUGUUCGGCUCGGACCAGGAGGUGGCAGGAGUAAUGUCGGCAGUGAGUCGCAUGAGGGCGACCGAAGCUUUUGGCUGGGUCGGUUCUGAUGGAUGGAGCGCGCGCGCUCUCGUCUCUGAUGGCAAUGAGGCCGCCGUCGAAGGAACCAUCAGCGUCCAACCGCAAGCAAACCCUGUGCUUGGCUUUCGCGAGUAUUUUCUGAACCUUACUGUUGAAAACAAUUCUAGGAAUCUCUGGUUUGUAGAAUUUUGGGAGGACCAGUUCAAGUGUCGGUACCCAGGCAGUGCACGAACACCAUAUAACGUGCAGUACGAGCGCGCUUGCACGGGCGCUGAGCGGCUGUCUGCAGACAACAUCGAAUUCGAAGCGCAGUUGCAGUUCGUCACCGACGCAGUGCUCGCCUUCGCACACGCCAUCAGGGACAUGCACGCGGAGCUGUGCCACGGCAAGCCGGGGCUGUGUGACGCCAUGCGCCCCGCCAGUGGCGCCACCCUGCUGCGCUACCUGCGCCAAGUUCACUUCACAGGUCUCAGCGGAGAUCAAUUUCAUUUCGAUAACAAUGGAGAUGGCCCGGCGCGGUACAAUAUACUUCACUUUAAGCAAGUGUCGCCCGGCGUGUAUCGCUGGCUGACGGUGGGCCGUUACCUCGACGGCGAACUCCAGUUGAAUAUGAACGACAUUCAAUUCAAAUGGAGCGAGCGGCACCCGCCGGAGUCGGUGUGCAGCGCGGAGUGCGAGCUGGGCCAGGCCAAGCAGUACGUCGAGGGCGAGAGCUGCUGCUGGCACUGCUUCAACUGCACGCAGUACGAGAUCCGGUCCCCGGACAAAGAGACGGCGUGCGAGGAAUGUCCGCUGGGCACUCUGCCGGGUGCCACGCGCACGCACUGCGCGGCCGUGCCGGAGCUGUACCUGCGCCCCGAUUCGCCCGCAGCCAUAGGAGCCAUGGCCUUCUCGUCGCUGGGCAUGCUGCUGACGACGUUCGUGGUGGUGGUGUGGGGAGUGCGCGGCGACACGCCGGUGGUGCGCGCCAGCGGCCGCGAGCUGUCCUUCGUGUUGCUGGCGGGCAUCAUGAUGUGCUACCUCGUCACCUUCGCACUCGUCUUCAGGCCCACGGAUGUGUUGUGUUCGUUGCAACGGUUCGGGACCGGAUUCUGUUUCACCGUCGUGUACGCCGCUUUACUAACUAAAACAAACAGGAUCGCACGAAUCUUUGAUGCUAGCAAACACUCGGCGCGCAGACCCUCCUUGAUAUCACCGAAAUCACAACUUUUUAUAUGCUCCGUACUUGUAUCUAUUCAGGUGGUGAUCGUGGUAGUGUGGCAAAUCAUCUCUCCGGCGCGCGCUAUCCACCACUACCCGUCGCGAGAAGACAACAUGCUCGUCUGUGACUCGUACGUGGACGCCUCCUACACCAUCGCAUUCUUCUACCCUGUCGUGCUCAUCGUCGUCUGCACAGUGUACGCUGUGCUCACCCGCAAGAUCCCCGAGGCCUUCAACGAGAGCAAACACAUCGGGUUCACAAUGUACACGACGUGUGUGAUCUGGUUGGCGUUUGUACCUCUAUACUUCGGCACGGCGAGCCAUGUCCCGCUGCGGGUCACCAGCAUGGCGGUCACCAUCUCACUCAGCGCCAGUGUCACGCUCGUCUGCUUGUUUAGUCCUAAGUUAUAUAUAAUAAUCGUGCACCCGGAGCGUAAUGUACGCGCAAGCUUAAUGCCACCACGCUGGCGCUCGAUGGGCGGCGGCGCGGCAGCGUCAGGCGCCAAGCGCGGCGCCGUCUGCGCGGCUCUCGUCGGCACCGCCCCGCUGCCGCGAGCCCACGACCUCACGCCGUCCACUGACCUCUCUACUCUAAACGACACUGAAAAGACAUCGAUGGAUAGGCACAUGCAAACGGAAGAGAGCGUCUUAUUCCCUAACUUAGCGAACGUGGUUGCUGAAGUUAAUCGAAAAGAAAUAGAAGAAAACGGUAUUGUUGUGAACGCGCGGCGACUGGCAGAGCUGCGCGCCGGCCUGCCUGCCUUCCCGCCGGGCGAGCUGCGCGCGGCGCACGCUCCGCCGCCGCUCGCGGUCGCCGUCGCCAUCGUCGGCGGGCAGAUUCCCUUAUAGCGUAAGAAUAUACGGCGCGUCAGGGGCCAUCGCGUGCCAGUGUUAGUGUAAAUAUUUAAAACAAUAUUAAAAUAAACAACAGAACGUUUAAGUUUUAUUUGCAUACGUCUCUGUACAUACCAGUCUCGUUGUCAUGUUACACGGGUUGUUGUGAUCAGUGUUUUGUGCCAAAUCAUUGCCACGACUUUGAAUGUUAAAAGUGUAUUAAAAUACUUUUUAUCAAUGUCAAUAAUUUCUUCUCAUUAUUUAUUUUUCA